CUCAGGCAUUGCUAUAGCUAUGGCUUCCCUUUUAUAUCCCUCCACCUCGGUGUGCAGCUCAGAACCUGAAUUCUUUAUCCUGCUAGGUUAGGCAGCAACAAGUUGAGGAACAUCUUGCAUGUUUCAACCUCUUCUACAAGAGUCCUCAGCUCUUUUUCUUGCGUCUUAUCAUUGGCACUGAACGUCAAAGAUUGUUAUCGGUGCCGUUGCAUUUGCAAGCGGGCUGAAGUCUCUAACGAGAACAAUCAAACUUCUGCAAAAAGGCCCCACUUCGAAUCAUUGUGGACUAUUUUCACAAAAGACAGCAUGUCGCCCAUUGCGAUUUCGCCGGAUUCUUCGGGGGACGACGUGAUCGCGAAGCAGAUCGAAGCGACCAAGAAUCUCACCCCUUUGCAAGCCAUAUCGCAAGGCGUCUCCUUGCCGGGCAUACCUAAGUUUACCAGCUAUGAAAAGCAUCGUCAUUGGAUCCUCGAGCACAUGGCGGGGGCUUUUCGGGUCAUGGCUCGCAAAGGCUUUUGCGAAGGCAUGAGCGGCCACAUCAGCGUCCGUGACCCGGAGUUCCCACACCAGUUCUGGACCAAUCCGCUGGCGCGUCACUUUGGUCUCCUCAAGGCUAGCGACAUGAUUCUAGUCGACUACUCCGGCAAGGUCAUCGGCGGCAACACGUCGCGCCCUGCCAACGCUGCGGGCUUCUUGAUCCACUCUGCGCUGCACCAGGCGCGCGAAGACGUCAACGCGGCGUGUCACUUCCACUCGAAAGCCGGCAAGGCCUGGAGUGCGUUCUGCCGGCCGCUGGAGAUGCUGAAUCAAGACGUCUGCUACUUCUACGGCGAGACUCAGGCCGUGUACAACGAGUUCGGGGGUGUCGUCUUCUCCAAGGAGGAAGGGCAGCGGCUGGCCAAGGCGCUUGGACCCAAGGGUCAGGCGCUGAUUUUGAGAAAUCACGGCCUCCUGACUGUCGGCCAGACUGUAGACGCGGCGGCCUUCAUGUUCUCGCUCAUGGAGCGCAGCUGUGAGAUUCAGCUGAUGGCCGAGGCAGCGGCCGCCAACGGCAUCCCCAAGGUGCUGAUCGACGACGCGGCAGCGGAGUACACGCACAGGAUGUCAAAUGAUCCCGAAACGCUGUACUGGGAGUUUCAGCCGGAUCUGGAAUACGAGUACGCGCAGGACGACAGCUUCAAGAACUGAGGUGGUCUCAAAUGGCGUAGACAGUCUGUGUGUGUGCGCGCAAGUCAUUUAUGGUUAAUGACAUCAGCUCUCUCCAGCUGUGGUCUGACGGUGAAUUGCAUUUAUCCGUGAUCGGGUACACCUCUGAAUAAUGUUCUGUCUGAAUAAGCUGCUCAAUAACCGGUCCACUUGUCUCGCCCAGCCAACUUCUCGAUCAGGUCCUUCCUCAACUUUUCGCAUCUGUCUUCACACGUCUUCUCAAUCGCUUUGUACUGUAGAUACAGCUUUGUGAGAAUCCACAUCGCUUGCGGCGCAUGACCGCGUGUCUUCUCGUGUUCGAAAAGGUUUCGUGUGGAAAAUCAAUGUGCUCGUUGUUGAGGAAGCCGUGCGACUUGGUUGGCAUGGCUGUGGCGUGAUUUUGCAGGUUGAAGAAGGACGGAAAUGAUCCUUUCAACAGACUAUCUUUGGAGAUAUGCGUUUACGGACAAGUAUGAUGCGCAUUUUCAGUGGGCAAGUGGUUGUUAUCUGAUUUAUCAGAGGCACACUUGAUUGAGAUUUGUGUCACGGUGACAACGCUUAGAAAUCUUUUGGAACGACACAGCACGUAAUUCCUUUACACCUGCAUGCGUUUGCUGUUCAAGUCAUGCAGCCGCUUCACAUAUCAACUUGGACUUGCUUCACAUAAAUAGCCAUGCAUUGAGAAAAACAAGCCCACAGGGACAAGCAGAGUUGUAUGACGAGCAGAUGAUAU